GGCACAAUCAUGCUAUCACGGUCCAUGACCAAUGAGGCCAUUGCAGUUCUGACACCAAAUGGCAUCAGCUUCCCCCAAACAGGGGAACCUAAACCCACCAACCAGAGGCAAUACAACCUCAAGAAACAACUAAAGGCAGAGGUCAAAGUUCUUGGGGCUAUUCAGAUCCUGUGCGGGGUGUUGGUGUUGAGUUUGGGGAUCAUUUUGGUAUCUGUUCCGUCCUCUCCAUCCUUUACCCCGGUGUUUUCCACCCUUUUGAAGGCUGCUUACCCAUUCAUGGGAGGCUUGUGUUUUGUCAUUUCUGGAACUCUGUCAGUCAUCAUGGAGAAAAAGUCAACUAAGCCUUUGUCUUCAGUGACGAAGACGGUGACAGUGUUACAAAGAGGUCUAUGUGUUGUGGAUUCUGUCCAAACCCUUGAGAAAAGCCAGUCAAAAUUAGUUCAGAGCAGUGUGGUUGCAAACAUUCUGAGCUCUCUAUGUGCUCUGGUGGGUUUCAUUCUCCUCUCUGUCACGUUGGAUGCUGUGGAUCCUGCCUUUCGGAAGUGUACCUUCAACAAAGAGCAAAGAAAACCUGAAUGGACUACAUUUAACUAUUAUAUUAACCCAUAUAUGGACAAAGAAUGCAUCACGGCCAAAACCACUCUGACUGGAACUCUGUCUGUGAUGCUGAUUUACACGGCGCUGGAGUUCUGCCUGGCUGCGCUCUCUGCCGUGAUUUGGUGGAAAGAGGCUCACUCUGACUUCCCCGGGCGUGUGCUUUUCCUGCCUCAGAGUUGCAAGAAUAAAUCCAGCACACCCUCAAAGGCAUUUGGUGACCCUGGAUACGAAGAACUAGUAACUUCUUAGGGGAAAUAGUCAUCAGAAAUUUGGCUUUAUGAUACUGUAUGAAGACCAGCCAGAGAAACUCAAGAAAGCAAAGUUUGAGUUCCCUGAAAUGUAGCGUUUAGGUAAUGAGCACUGGAAAUGUAUAUGUUUGUUUUCUUGUUGCUGAAUAUAUGUGCUCAAUAGGGGGGGUCUUGGUUUGGCAUUAGGUAAAAGCACAGAUGUGUAAGUUACCAUCGACUAAACCGCCAAAUAGUCAGACAUUUAGCAAAAACCUAGAUAGGAUUGUGUGAUUUAGUGAUCAUGCCGAAGUAAAGGAGACAACUCUUUCCUGUCCCCCUUAAUCGCCAACAGGAGUUAACUGACUUACGGUGGUGUUCCGACUCUUUCAUAGUAGACAAUAGUGUUCCCUCACAGGAUUUUACUCAUCACUACAUGUAGACAAGCCCCCUACAAUUAA